AUGCCUUACCUGCACUGGGAAAUCGAGAAGAGGCUUGUCAGAAUGACCAAUGUGAUGCGCAAGACACGACUCGAGAACGAAGAGGAGUUUGCCUACGAGCGUCUGAGUAAGCGGAAAGGGACUUGGGGCAGCGUUGUCGACAGAGCUCGAGCCCGAGCUCAACGAAUGAACAGCACCACGUCGGAAUUCGGGGAGUGGGACGAAGGGUCCCCAUCAUGGAGGCCGCAAUCGCCUCUCGGGAGCUACCUGUGGCAGGCGUCGAAGCUGUAUCAGCUCAUAGACGAAGCGGCAGACUGGCGCCUGAUCACCAACCACCUUUACUCUCCAUCGCCCCUUCACCCACGAAGGACGCUUGAGCAAUACUACUACUGGACGGCGGACGACACAACGCAGAGAGAUCGUCAACAAGUUGUUUACCGGGCCACGCAGAUGAGAAGUGACCCAGAGGCUAUCCCAAGGGUGGUGAUGGUUGACCAGUUAUGGCUGUGGAUCUUGGACGAGAACACCAUUCUAUCUGCCUUUCCCCGCCGGUGGGGCCGCAAUAAGCCAGACCCGUCUGCUGUGCAUCGCGCCAUUCGAGAUCACCUGGGGGCCAUCGACCAUGCCCAAAUCACCUCGGUGUACGACUUGGCGUUGAUCAUUAUCGACGAAUGUUCCAAAGUGUUCUUCGACCGCACCAAGCCGGACCUCCGACCCGAAGUGGUAGACAUGUUUAGCUCUGCCAUUUCAAGCAUUUCAGAGAAGAAGACCGACGCUUACGAACGUUUUGGAAGAGAUGUCAAGAGAAUGAACACCCAAGACCCACUCCAGACGGCAGAGGAACUGCUGAGAAAGUCUCUCAACAUCAAGUUCGAAUGGUCGGUGCUGAUGGAGGCGCAGAACCUCAUAGACCAACUUCAGAUCAUGCAAGAGAUAUUCACCCAGCAGAUAACCGUGAUGGGCGACUUUGAGAAGGCGCUCAGGGCCAUGAGCUCGGAAUCUCAGGGCCCUUCUGAUCUCAAGCCUGCCCUCGCACGGGCAGCGGCUCUGAUUGAGGACAUGAAACUACGCCGGGAUGAGCUUUGGAAUUUGGAGAAGAGACAGGCCAAUACUCGGAGCCAGGUGACUGCCUCCUACCACGUCGUUAUUGCGGAUCUGGGUAUGCUGACAGCAAUUCCUGUAGCUGCGAGAACUCCUCGACAUGAAGCAACAGCAGUCGGGAAUUAUCGAGGCCAAGGCCGCCAUCCGCAGGGCAGACGAGAGCGUUGUGCAAGGCAGAUCGAUUGUCGUCUUCACCGUGGUGACCAUUUUCUUCCUUCCUCUUUCCUUCUUCGCCACCUUCUUUGGCAUGAACGCGCAAGAGUUAAACGAGGGCUACAUGAGGCUGAGUACCCAACUUGUAUACAUGUGUAAGUUUUUGGAGCAAAAUACGGACUUUUGAAUAGGUAGGGGCCGAGCGGCUGACGUUGUACUGCCACAGUUGUCCUGUCAAGCAUCGUCAUCUGCGCCUCACUGGCUCUCGCAUUCAACACCUGGGCUCGGACAGCAUUUUUUUCUGCAUUCCGGGCCAUCUUUGAUGCUGCGAACAAGGUCGGGGGCAAACAGUCUGUCCAAACUGCAACACAGUUGUCGAACGCCUCACCGCGUGCUCUGCGAGAGUUUAUGAUUGAGAAACGAAGAGAACUGGAGAUCAGAGAUCAGGAGAAUGGUGUUGCUCUGGCUAGCGGGGCGUUGCCGUUGCAUCGGAACGCCGGCGCGGAACCACAGGGAGGAAGACGGCCGAGUCGGGCGAGCACGAUUGCAAACAUGUGGA